AUGGGACUCUCACGCAAUUCUCGAGGCAAGUACAACUACUCCGAGGAAACACUUUCUACCCUCCAUAUAUGCUGGUUUUGCAGCAAACAGUUCAAGGUACAGGGUAUCAAAAGGCACAAAACCGGCUGCAAAAAACAACAAGAAUUACAGAAAGAACAAGCCGAACGUGGGAAGGAGUUUGAAAGAGAAAGAUGCAAGGAGAUCGCCCUUGAUGCUGGAUUGAACAAGACUCAAGUCAAUGGAUUAUUGGAACUUUUCCUUCUUGUAACCAAAGGUAUGGAGCAGGCGAUGAUGAAGAAUGAUGCUGAGUUGCAGAAGGCAUGUGAUAAUGCAGGAGCUGAAUUAACACCUUUCACCAAGCAUGUCAUCUCUGUGCCAUACAAGGGCAAGGAGAUGGAGUUUGAGGUUCAUACUUGGCCAGUCUGGGACUGGGCUCUUGACCUGCUUGCUAACCCACAAUUAGCCCCACACUUUGUCUGGGACACUGAAUGGGUUUACAAACACAAUGGGGAAGAAUAUGAAUGCUUUUAUGGUGAGCCUUGGACAUGUGAUCGCUGGUGGGACAUACAGUCUCAGCUUCCUGCUGAUGUUGAAAAUGCCAUACCAUUCUGUUUUAUAUUGUAUGCUGACAAGACGAGGCUUUCAUCUCACAGCACUGUGAAAGAAUACCCUGUAGUUGUUUGGUGUGCUAAUCUCCCUGUAGACAUCCAGAAUUCUGAGUCCAUUGGAGGAGGUUGUGUUGUCAGCUGGCUUCCGAUUGUCCCAGAGGAUGCAGCUGAGGAAGGUAAACUUGGCUAUACAACUUUGAAAUGCGUUGUUUGGCAUGAAAGUGCCAUCAAAUUAUUUGAGGCCAUGGUUCACUUCUCGGCAACUGGCUUUCAGCAUAGGUGUUGGGACAAGAUUAUAUGGUAUCUUUUCCCAUUGUUUUUGAUACUAUCUGUGGACUAUGAGGAACAGUGA